CUUGACUAUCAAGUCGGAUCAGACCCACCUGGAAAUCUGGACCCAUCUUUCAUCUCGUUGUCGCGCGCGAAGGGUCGCCUCUCUGGACAACGUCUUUGCGGCACGCUGUAGCUGUUUUGCCGGUUCCUGCAAACUCUCGCUCUCUCUCGAUUCCUUGUAGAAAAAGCAAGCCAACGUCAAGAUCCAGUUUAUUGAACGAUCGAGACAGUUGAAGCUACUGGACAGAUCCUAGGCAAUGAACCAUGAGGAACAAGGAGAUAAGAACUCUGACUUUGGUGUCAGGAACGUGGAAGAAGAAAAACCAGAUUCACAUGCCACAGACUCCGCAGAUUUGGAUUCUCAUGAAUCUGCAUCAGAGCCAGCAAAUUCUGGUGGGGAUGAUGAGGAAGAAUCUGCUAAGUUUGUUCACAUAGUAACUGGAGAUAGCAAAGAGGAAGGGUGUUCCUCAAAUGAACAGCAAGAUUUAAAGGUCGAAGGGGAAAUCAUUCAGCUCUCAGAUACUGGCAUUUUGAAUGAGUGGUUGGCAAAUGAAAUACUGCAUGAUAGGAGUGAUUCAAUUUCAAAGAGUUUGUGGAACAGGAAUAAGCCUUCAGGCAAAUUAGCAGAGAUACAGGCCCAGAUCAAGUCCACAAUGGAAAGAGCAUUUUGGGAUGGUGUCGUGGAAGAACUGGAGAAGGAUCCUCCUGAUUAUUCGAGAGUUGUUCAGCUGGUGAAAGAACUUAGGGAUGAACUAGAUGCUUUAGUACCUCAGAGUUGGAAACAGGAACUGCAUGAGAGUAUCGACAUAGAUCUGUUUGCUCAGAUUCUAGAAUCAGGAAUUCAAGACAUUGACUACCUCUCAAAACUUCUUGAUUAUGCAAUAAGUAUUGUCAUAAAAUUGGGAGCACCAGCACGUGAUGAUAUCACAAAAGCUGCACAUGAGAAACUUGUCGAGGAACUAUCACUUAUAGUUGCUUCAGCUGACAACAAGUGUAAAUUUUCUUUUGCAAAUGCCCUAGUUAAAGGACUACGAUUUGUCUUGGAGCAGAUACAGAUUCUAAAACAAGAUAUAAGUUUUGCAAAAAUCCAGGCCUUAAUUCCAAUCAUCAAGGGCCCUUUGGGCAUCAAAUAUCUUCAGGAUGCUUUUGCUGCUUCUUAUGGACCCCCUUCUGAAGCAACAACUCGCUUAAGUCAGACAAGACUGUGGAUAGAGGAGGUGCUGCAUCACUUAGAUGAGCAAAGAGCUGAAUUUGAUUCUUCUGUCGAAGCAUGCAAAACAAACUUAAAUGCUAGCUCAGUGUUGCUGCUCCCCAACCUAAUUAAAUCUGGUGGAAUGCCUAAAAUUGACAUACAAUGGAACUUUAUAGGAAAUAUUGUACGCCUAGGGCUUAUUCAAAUUGUCACCAGAUCAGUUGCAUCAACUGAAAAGAACACCCCAGAAACUCUUAGACUGAAUUUAGAGAGGUUGCUUGCAUUACAAAACGACUUCCAGAGGGUGCUGGUAAUUGCAACAGCGUUGCUUUUAGUGAGACAGACGCUUGCAGACAAGGAACUAGCACUUGAAGACAUUGAAAGUAUUCUAAAUGAUGCAAGACAAAAGCUUAGCAGGAUGAUGGAGAGCCCUUUGAUUACAGUUUAUCACAUAGGUCAAAAGAUAUGCCAGAUAUGUUCUCCCUACAUGAAUGAGGGUUCAGUAGAUGCUGGGUUGAUGACCAGGGUCAUGAACCGGAGUCUUACUCCAGGAGAUGGAAUUUUCACAAAAGUGUCAACUGCAGUUAUGGAGAGCAUACGUGUGACUCUUCUGGCUGGUAAAGAGCACAACGGUAGGGGCCUUGCUGUAGCACAAGCUUGUUUGAAACGAAUUGGAGCAACUUCUGUUCUUGAGCUUGUGACUGAACUGACGGAUAAUUUAGAUGUUAUUGCUCUUGUUACUUGCAAGGUGCAUGGAUUGUGGUAUGAGAAUAUAAAACUCCAUGUAAACAGUUAACAUACAUGUAAGCAUGCUAUUGCAUUGAUUGUGAGUCUUGUGA